AUGGAAAGGAAGGACGACAAAAGGAAGAAGAGCGUGCAGGCCUUUCCCGGCUUCAACACCCAGCACAGGUGCAAUAAUUUCGACGCCAUACUGUGCUGGGCCAGCGACCUCCAGGCGCCGCCCGGGGACGAGCUGCCCGAGGACUUCACGAGGAUACCGGCCGGCGAGGAUAUCAUACCGUCAGGGAUAUGA